AUGCCUGCCUCUAAAUGUACCGCUACUCCUCCUCCAAAAAUUAAUGUAAAGAAGGCGAGACUGACAAAAGAUCCUAAGGAAAGAAGCAACACCUUGUCAGAAGUGUCAGAACUUUCUAAACAUGUUUCCAAUUUAGACGUCUUACAUUCUAAAGUGUGUGAUCACUCCAACAAGGACGAUGUUGCACCAGAAACCAAUACUUGCUUGUUCCUAGAGACUAAAACUAAGGAACUUACACCUACUGUUGCAUCUGUGGGUGAUAAGGAGCUUGUUGAGAGUAAAAACAUUCCCUCUAAAAAGGUUGACACCCAUUUAAUCACUGAGGAUGCCAAACCACGCAAUGCAACAGAGGAAUUGACAGUGAAUGUUGCUAUUGAUCUGGACGUGGGCACAACUCUUGAGCUUUAUCCUUUCACCAAUGUAUACAAUGUAUGUGUUGCUUUCAAGGACAAAUCUGAGAUGGAUAUUUACCCUGCUUGUUGUCUGAAAGAAGGCAAUAUUGUGUUGACAGAAGUUCACAUCAAGCACUACAAACCCAAAGUGUCUGCCUUGCAGAAUGUGGCCGCAAAGUCAAACACCAGUCAUUCCAGACAAGCUACUAUGUGGUCCACUUGGAAUGUUCAAUUGUAA